AUGAGGAACUAUGCGGCGCCAAAUUUUUAUAACUUCUUGCCCGAAAUUUCAAGACCCACGGUUGAGGAGAAUGCAAGUUUUAAGAUAAGGUCGAUAAUGCUUCAAAUGAUUCAAAAUGCGGGAAAAUUCGGAGGUCUACAAGGAGAAGACCCGCAUGCUCAUUUGACCCAUUUUGUAGAAAUAUGCAACACAUUCUCCAUACCUAGUGUGUCUCCAGAAGGAAUUAGAUUGUAUAUCUUCCCGUAUACACUGCGGGAUGAGGCAAGGAGGUGGGCUCAGUCACUAGAGCCAAAUGAAAUCAAUGCAUGGGAUCAAUUGGUUGAGAGGCAAUUAGUGAAGAACUGUCUGCACAUCGGGAUUCCCAAUUGCGUUCUGAUGGAAACUUGUUAUAAUGGCUUGGAUCGAUCAAUGCAAGUAGUUGCUGAUGCCUCCACAGCAGAAGGAUUAAUAGACAAGACGUAUACGGAAGCAAAGAUCAUCUUGGACCGCAUUUCGCGAAAUACAGAUGAAUGGUUUUAUAAUGGGUAUGAGGAAAGAGGUUCGGAGCAAAGAAGAGUAGAAGGUGCCAUUGUACCAAUUGAUACAAUGAAAACCCUGGUAGACCAGAUGACCACAAUGACCUUGCUACUUCAGACUAUGGCUAUUCAGCAAGGACAUCUCUCUCAAAGUUCAGCGCAAGCCAAUGCGUUGACACACGUGGCCGCAGUAAAUUGCGUUCAAUGCGGAGAGGGACACUCAGUGGAAGUCUGCCCGUUGAAUCAACAAUUCGUAUACUCCAUCCAUAAUGAACCAUUUGGCAACAUUUACAACCCUAGUUGGCGAAAUCACCCAACUUUCAGUUGGGACGGGAAUCACAACCAGGGGAGCCAAAGUAAUCAUCAAAGCUGUCAUCCUGGGAAUCAAGGCAGUCCCCCGAUUUUCAUUAAUCAGAAUCACAACCCAGGUAAUCUUCAGAGUAUACCACCCUAUGACCAUCCGAACUUUUCUAACACCUCUUGCAGUACCUCGUCUUUGGAGACAUUAUUGAAACAUUAUAUUGAGAAGAACGAGACAAUCAAGCAAUCGCAAGCUUCCUCCCUUAGAAAUUUGGAGGAGCAGAUUGAACAACUUACGAUCGAACUUAAGAAUAAAGUGCCUGGUAUGCUGCCUAGCAGCUCAGGAGUAUCGGGGCCAUGUGGUAAAGAACAAUGUUAA